GACACGAAUUUAACAGAGGCAUUUGGAAGAUUUUCUCGGACACGCAGAUCGAAGACUUCUGGUUAUCAUACUUUUGCGUUACCACCAAUAUCACGUGGUCUCGCAUGGAGGUGCAUAAGCGAGGAUACGCGUGGAGAUACGUGAGGGCAUCCAUGUCAUUAUCGGCUUACCUGCCGCCACUCUGUGACAACGGCAAUUUGCUUGUCGACGGUGGAUACAUGGACAAUUUACCGGUUAACGUGAUGAAAUCGAUGGGUGCUAACACGAUAUUCGCGGUGGAUGUGGCGAGCGAUGAUGACACAUCGCCGGUAUACUAUGGUGAUUCUAUUUCAGGAUGGUGGGUAUUAUUGAAUAGAUUCAAUCCGUUCAGCCGGGCAACCAAAAUACCGACGAUGGCCGACAUACAAUCAAGGUUAGCCUAUGUAUCGAGUGUUAAGACGUUGGAGGAGGCGAAACUAAUAGCGGGAUGUUUGUACAUGAAACUGCCGGUACAACAAUAUGGUACAUUGGAAUUUAAUAAGUUUGACGAGAUAUUCGAGGUCGGAUACAAAGCCGGCAAGGAGAUGCUGAAAAAAUUCAAAGAGGAGGGAAAAUUAAGGGAUCUGUUGGACCAAGGUCAGGAAAAUGUUAAAAGAAAUAGGGUUCGUAGAAGAAAUAGUGUAUAG